ACUUCUUUUACUGGAUAUCUGCAAAUUAAAAAGGAUAAAAAGAAUUUAAAUCACCAGUGAUGGUAUUUCUAGUGGCAUCACUGAGGUGGUGCUGGCUUUUGUAAGUGUUAGAUCAAUACAUGCUUUUAUAUUUAGCAGCUCCAUUCUAGUGGUGGAAAUGGGAAAGGAACAAGAGGAGAACAUUUUGCAGGACCAAAACUAUACAGAGGAGAGUGUUGAUCAAGAGGAAGAGUCACUAAGGAAAAGGGCAUGGAAAGAAAGCAAGAAGAUGUGGAUGGUAGCAGGCCCUGCCAUAUUUACAAGGUUUUCAUACUUUGGAAUAAUAGUAGUUUGUCAAUUCUUCAUUGGACAUAUUGGUUCCACAGAACUAGCUGCCUAUGCUGUUGUCCAAACAGUGCUUGUCAGGUUUGCAAAUGGUGUACUGCUGGGGAUGGCAAGUGCACUGGAAACUCUAUGUGGGCAAGCAUAUGGUGCCAAAAGAUAUGAAAUGCUUGGAGUGUAUCUUCAAAGAUCAUGGAUAAUCUUGUUCUUAACCUCAAUCUUGCUUCUUCCUAUUUACAUCUUCACAACCCCAAUUUUAGAGGCUUUAGGCCAAGACAAAAAAAUUGCUCAAGUUGCAAGAAGCAUUUCUCUAUGGGCAAUAGGUAUCAUCUUUGCUUUCUCUGUGUCAUUCACUUGCCAAACGUUCCUUCAAGCACAGAGCAAGAACAAGAUUAUUGCAUAUUUAGGAGCAGUUUCUAUUUCAAUUCAUGUGUUUCUGUCAUGGCUUCUAACUGUUAAGUUCAAGUUUGGGCUCAAUGGGGCAAUGACAUCAACAAUUUUAGCAUAUUGGAUACCAAAUUUUGGGCAGCUUGUGUUUAUCAUGACUCAGUGCCCUGACACAUGGAUGGGUUUCUCAUUUUUGGCCUUCAAAGAUCUCUGGCCUGUUAUCAAGCUUUCCUUGUACUCUGGAGCUAUGACAUGUGUUGAGAUCUGGUACAACUCAAUUUUAAUUAUUAUAACAGGGAACAUGAAAAAUGCAGAGGUUUCCAUUGAUGCUCUGGCCAUAUGCCUCAGUAUCCAUGGGUGGGAGAUGAUGAUAGCCCUGGGUUUCUUUGUUGCUGCUAGUGUCCGAGUUUCAAAUGAGCUUGGAAGAGGCGAUUCAAAAGCUGCAAAAUUUUCCAUUCUAAUAACAGUUCUCACAUCAUUUUCCAUUGGUUUGGUGUUAUUCUUUGUGUUUCUAUUUUUGAGGGAAAGACUUUCUUAUAUUUUCACUUCAGACCCAAAGGUAGCUGAAGCAGUUGGGGACUUAUCUCCUUUAUUGUCAAUAUCCAUGUUGUUGAACAGUGUUCAACCUGUUCUCUCUGGAGUUUCUGUUGGAGCUGGCUGGCAAAGUGUUGUAGCAUGUGUAAACAUAGGCUGUUAUUACUUCAUCGGUAUUCCUGUUGGACUGGUUCUUGGCAACCUUAUACAUUUGCAAGUAAAGGGUGUUUGGAUUGGAAUGUUGUUUGGAACAUUUGUUCAAACCGUAAUAGUAACUACAAUCACACUGAAAACUGAUUGGGAAAAUCAGGUAGUGAUAACUCGAAAUCGUGUUAACAAAUGGGCUGUCAUGGAGAAUAUAGAGCCAAAUAGCAGAUCAGACAUUUCAAGCUAAAGAGUACACCUUGCAUAUGAAUUAUUUGUAUAGUACAGGCUAGAAACAAUAUUAUUUCUAACUUGAUUUGGAUGAUAAUUUCUCCAAUCAUAUUUUAUUUUCAUAGACGAUAACUAGAUAUAAUAUUCGUACAAUUACUUGAGUUUAUUAAUUUUUUUUUUUUCUCCAUCGGAAAGCUAACAAAACAAGGAAACUAAACUAACAUCCCUAAGGAGAUGAACUUCCAACUCAAAGGAAGGAACCUCCAUAACCGCAAACUCUUGAUCCAAGGUACGAGCGAUGAUCCUUGCAAUAUGAUCUGCCACCUAGUUAC